AUGAAGACUCCAGUUCAAAAAUCACCCAGACGUCUUCAGCAGCAGAGCGUCAGGACGAGGAGAAGGAACCAUGCUGUGUCCAUGUACAAAGCUCACAAAGAGGUGGGAGCUGGUGGAACAAGGACCUCAGACUUCCUGGGCAGAUGGUCCCAGGGCGGAGUCCGCAGGUCCCAGGGCAUUGUCCCCAGGCUGGUCCUGCUCCGGCUGGUAAGCACUGAGGCUUCCAGACUCUCCAGAAGAAACCGCCGCCAAACCGUCACUCAGAAAGAAGUCCAGGAGGCCGUUCGAGUCGUCAGGCGGAAGAUUAGAGCUCGACCAGCAGCAUGA